AUGAAACUUGAUCUUGAUAUUUAUCAGUGGCUUGUAAAAAUUAAUGUGAUAUGGGAAUUGCCUAUUAAUAAUUUAUUUGCUCACGUGGAUUAAUCAUUAGAAGAGCAAUUCUUGAAUGGAAUAAUAGUUAGUCAAAUCCUCAAAUAAUUUGAUUCGAAGAUUGAGGUGGAUGUCAAAUAAGGUAAUAGUAAUGGAAUAAGAUUGUUCAAUUGGAAUAAUGUAUGCAGAAGUUUACAAUAGAUUAACAUAACCUUAGAUGAUGACAUUAAAAUAUCAAUUGUAAAGGGAGAUUCUUAGAUGUUGAUGCAAUUUUUGAAAGAAUUAAAAUAACAUUAUGAAAUGGCAUUUUAUGUGGAAGAGCAAGUAAGUACAACAACUAGAUUCAAUUCUCAAUAAAAUGAACCUCAAGAAAUAGGCAUCGAUGAAAUCGACCCUGAAAAGCCUCUUAUUUAAACCUAGUCCCUUUUAGAAUUCAUCAUAGUUUCCCUUUGCAAACAUUUUACCUUAAAGCCUAAGCAAGCAGUAGCCUUGCUUAAUUAAAAUUAUAAAUAAUUAUCAAAUAUCCUGAUCAAAGGCAACAAAAGCUUCAAAAAUGUCACAAAUUGGUUGAUGGAAUUGUCAAAGCAUAUUAAUCACAUUAUUAAAUUUGUCACCUACAAAAUUGAUAUACUGUUGUCUCUUCUUAAAGCUGGUUUAGUAUCUCAAAGCACAGAGGUAUGUUAUUGGACUUUAUAUAUAAUUGAAGGGAUAGUCAUAAAUCUACCUUAAAAGGAAUUGUUAGAAGAUGUGUAUGCUUGGUUGAUAAGAGAACAUGGGGGUUUAAUUGUAUUGAUUUUAUCUUAAUAACGUCAUCACUAAUAUUUGGAAUAAGUCUGCAAAAUAUAUAGUGUAGUCUCCUAAUACAAUGUUGUAGAUUUCUUUGAUGUGCAACUCAGGAAAAUAUUGAAAUCUGGAAAAGAGUACAUAGAUUUUAUAAAUGGAAUAAUCCAAACAAUUCAGAUUCGGGAUCAGAUGUAAGAACUAAAUCUUUUCGAGUUGUUUGCUUCAUAUGCUGUGAAACUGUUUGAACCUUAACAUACUACCAUGGAGAGAAUGACAGCUCUUAAAUAUUUUGAACAUUAUUGGGUAUUUUAUCCACAGUAAUUUGUGAUCAAUCAAAUGGAACAAUACUUAUUAAAUUCAAGGAAAGCAACCAGGGAAUCUAGUUUUGCAAUGAGAAUAUUUACUUAUCAAAGUUUAUUCAGAAUCUUAGACAAUUUGGCAUUGUAAAAGGACAAAUAUGCUGCUUUAUUAUACAAGAAGUUAGUAUUUUCUCUGAUUGAAAACUUCGAUUAGAAAGAAGUGAGAGAAUUUUUGGUUGCCAAUUUCUUAAUGCUCAUUAAAAAGUAUUCAACAAUACCCAUUGAUAUUUUAAUUAUUCCUAUGGUGAAGUAACUGUAAAUUGAAUAAAAUGAAAUAUAAAUUAACAUAGUAGACUUUCAAUUAUUAAAAUCUGUUUGCACUCAUCCAAAAAUUGAUGUUAAUGUAGCAAUAUUAAUGCUCGAUAUGUUAAGUAAGUUAUAUUUAAGUUCUAUCAUGUUUUAUCAAUUGGCAUUUUAAUAGAUAUAAUUACUUUUAACGAGAUUCAUUAAAUCAAAUGCUGUUUAGGAAUUCACUUUUAAUCUUGUUAAGAUUGCGAUAUCAGAAUAUUAUGGCAACUAUUAAGAACAUGUGAAGAGUAAUCCAAAAUCUAUUUUGAAUAGGAAUCCGGAUGAAAAUAUAAAAAGAUAAUAGUUUAGAUCUUAGAUUAUUUCAUUAAUUAAAUUCAUUAUUAAUCUUAGAUCAUUUGAAUUGAAUGAAUUGAUUAAACCUGUAAUUGCUCAUUUCUAUUUGGAGAUCUAAUAGAAUUUAAAAACUGAAUCUAAAGCUUUAUUUAUGUUAUUAGGGCAUUUUGGUGAUCCCUAAGAAAUCCUCUAGGAAGAAUAAAAAAAAUCAAAACAAAUCAACUAAUAACCUUAAAACCCUAUUUUUUCAAGUCAAAUUGUGAAGUCCUAAUGGCAGGGAUCAAAAGCAUCACUGGCUUAACACAAUCUGGGCCAUUCGAAGUCAUAAAAAGGAAUACUUUCUCAGCGAGAUGAUCCAUUUAAAGAGUUGAGGGAUGAUACAAACAAACCUACUUUGACUAUGCUUGGAAACCUAUCGCUGAAUUAUGAUGAAUAGUCAUUGUUGAAAUAAUUUGAACUACUUUGA